CUUCCUUCCCAACGUUCCAUCAUUCGUUCUCAGCCUAUUCCUCCUCGUAUCCUCGCCUCACGAUGUUGGAACAGAUUCCCCUCAAUGGUAGUGAUGCUCCUUCUACAGCUGGCAAUUCUCCGCUGGAAGCCUGUUGCCUCAAUCUGGCCUCGACUUUAGGGCCUGAUAAAAUCUCGUUCCCGAACACAGCUGCAUAUGAAGCGUCCCAAAAGUCGUAUUUUGCCCAGCAGAACAGUGAUCUGCAGCCGUACUGCGUGGUGUCCCCGCACUCACCAGAGGAUGUGUCUAAGACCAUCACUAGCCUGGUCACUACCCCAUCGGCUCUGCCUGCACACGAGCAAGCUAGAUGCCAGUUUGCCAUUCGGUCUGGCGGGCACAACUCCUUCGCGGGAGUGUCGAACAUCCAGCACGGCAUCACCAUCGACCUGCGAGCUCUGAACACGAUCAAGGUCCUUGCUCCGUCCGGGGACAACGAUGAUAAACAGACCGUCUUCGUUGGUGCAGGCGCCACAUGGGGAGACGUCUAUGCCCACCUCGACCCGCUGGGUCUCUCGGUAGCGGGCGGCCGCGCCGCACAGGUCGGGGUGGGUGGACUCACGCUCGGCGGCGGCAUGUCGUAUUUCUCGCCCCGUUACGGAUGGACAUGCGAUAACAUGGUCGGCGUAGAGAUAGUCCUGGCAGAUGGGACAAUUGCGCAUUGGGAUGAAAAAACGCAACACCCCGAGUGGCUGGCAGCGCUGCGCGGGGGCGGAAACAGUAACUUCGGAAUCGUGACGGGCUUUUAUCUGCGGGUCUUCCCGCAGGGCCCCAUUUAUGGCGGAUCUGUCUAUUGCAGUACAGACACCAUCGAUGCUCAACUACACGCAUUUGCGGAGCUGGCUGAUCCCAAGGCAGCGAGCCACUAUGAUGAGAAUGCCUCGUUAAUCACCAGUUUUGGAUUUGCCGGAGGUAAGGGAGCCGCGGUGGUGAACAGCAUUGUGUACACCGGGGAGAUGGAGAAACCCGAGAAGAACGGAGAAGAUAGCCAGCAGCCACCGUCCCCACCAGCCGUGUACAGGGCUUUCUUUGAUAUCCCUCAGUUAUACAGCACUGUGCGUGUAGCCCCGGUGCACGAGAUAUCCCUGGAGCAAGGUUCCUUUUCCCAAAAUGGAAAACGACAGCUCAGCGUAGUGACGACUCACGACGCAACAGUGCCCAUGUUGAAAGCGACCUAUGACCGGUGGAAUACCAGUCUAGCAGCUGUGCAGGACGUUCCGGGCAUCGUGUGGUCGAUAUCCCUAGAGCCAUUACCCGCCGCCAUUUGUGGACGGGCGCCUGCAGGUCACAACAUGAUGGGACUGUCGUCUGACACCGAGAAAGCGCUCGUGGUGACUUUGCUGAGCGCCACUUGGGAUAAUGCGACCGAUGACGCCCGCGUGGAGGAAGCCGCCAAGACACUGUUUGCAGGUAUUGAGGCGGAUGCACAUCAGUUGGACGCAUAUCAUCCAUUUGUCUAUCUGAACUACGCGGCGCAAUGGCAAGAUCCGAUUGCUAGUUAUGGACCCGAGAGCGUCUCGCGGUUGCAGCGCAUCAGCCGGGAAGUCGAUCCCACGGGGGUGUUUCAGAGGAUGGUGCCGGGUGGAUUCAAGAUUCCGCAGUGAUGUGGUUUGUAAGUAGGCGAUGGAAGGAGAUUCUUGACUACAGGAUGGUUCUUGCUUUCCACUAUUGAUUGUCCUUACACAAUCUCCCUCACACAAUCUCACACUUGCUGCAAUACUGUCAUUCAGCUCUUGUUCGUAGCCUUCGCCAACUCAUCUAACCCCUGUCCAUUACUCAUCAUG